UGGCGGAUGAAUCAAACAGGAUGCCAGACCAGUGCAGGACCCCUGAAGGACUCGGCAGUGGUGUGCCUGCUGUCAAACUGAACUGCAGUCUUCCUUCUCACAGGGUCAGAUCCCCACUGGACUCUCCCUUCAGCAGGAGCUUCAUGUCUCCCUCAGGCCGUAAAUUCUGGAACCCAGCAUCUUCUGGUCCCUUGCAGAAUGUGAAGAACACCCUGGGGACGUUUGGCACCCCCUCCUACCCCUCCCCCCUGGACAGGAUCAGGACAGGGAAAAGAGAGCGUGCAGCACAGUUAGGUUUGGACAGCAAUGAUGAAGAGCCGUCGUUUGAAGGGAACCAGUCGUUCCCUAAACCUCUCAAGUCCCAGUACAAGGUUGACAAGACUCCUGAGGUCAAGUGUGCUCUGGAUGGGUUCAAAGGUGAUGGCCUCCACGAGUUCAGUUUCUCCCCAGGGUUAUCCAAGGGGACUUUCUCUCCUGUCCCAAUCCCAGGGCCAGACCCCCGGGCUAGUAUGUCCCUGGGGACCAGCUGGUCCUUCUAUAACUACGUGGGAGGAGGGGAGGUCGGGAUGACCUUUCCCACAUCAGUCAGGAACCCCAACAAAGCCAUUGUGACUAUCAAGGCUCGUAGCACUGAGAUUCUCAUGGCUAAUGAAAUGGCCUGUGAACUGUUCGCCUACAAUGAAGAUGAACUGAUAGGUGCACGUCUCACUGACCUAGUGCGACUGAAGAAGAAGGAACAGGAAGCACUGAUGGAGACGGAACUAGAGGAUGAUGGGAAGGUUGUGUCUGUGGCGGGGAAAGUGUUUGAUGCAGUAGACUCCAGUGGGGUGGUAGUACCAGUGUCUUUGUGGUUGAAGAAGCUCCCUGUCACGGAGGGAGAACUGCGCUGUAUAGCAGUAAUGGAGCCAGUUGAGAGGACCACAGCUUCUGUGACCUUUGACAGCACUGGCACCGUUCUCCUCUGUGACCAGCAGAUGGCGUCACUGCAUGGCUACAACUCACCAAAUGACCUGAUAGGGACAAAACUGACCAGUUAUAUCCCAGCGGUCAGACUGCCCUCCUCUGGCUCAGCGCUGACCAAGGAAAUAAAGAAACAGAGAGCAACUGGAAGAACAAAAGAUGGCGCCACAUUCCCUCUCAGUAUUGCUAUCAGGAAGACGGAUCCUGCCAAAGAGACGGACAGACUACCACCUCAGCCUCCUGACUUAAACAGCAUACCGAGACCCAGCACUGGGGCAUCAAACCAGUCCAUCAGCAGUCCCAUCCAAGGUGACGUGUACACAGGAACAGUGUGGGUGUUUGCUAACAUCAGCGGUAUGGUCACCUUUCUACCUGACGGUACCAUUCACACCUGUAACCACUACUUUGCUCUCAUGUUGUUUGGGUAUACACAGCAGGAGCUGGUGGACAAGGAUAUCACAUAUUUAAUCCCAGAUUUCUAUGAUGAUGUGGACAUGGUAGACACUGACUCAAUGCCACUCCCUCCAAUAGAUGACGAGGACGAACCCACAUCAGAUAGUGCCAGGAGUAAAGGUUCAGAAUCUCAAGACAAGCCCCAUUCCAGGGGUUCCUCAGGUCAGCAUCCUCCAGCUGCCAGUGGUACAACAUCAGGGUUCAGUGAGGGAGAGGAUAUCCAACAGAGGCCGGACACGGCUGCUCUGCUGUCAGAGGCCAAUCAGGUGGUGCAGGAUGCCUUGAACGGGUCAACAGGACAACUGCCCAGUCCCUCUCCACUGACCAUAGAUCUGGACUGUUCCCAUGGCAACAGUAGCUUGGCGUCUGCCUCCUCACGGUCCAGUUGUAGUACCAUGCCGACUCCUCCCACUGUCCGACCUGGAGGUCUCCAGGGACACCAUGGCAUUGCACAGGAAACCCCGCUGCCAAGCUUACAGGAAAAAGAAGAAGGGGUUGCUGGUUUAAAAACAGGGAGGUCGCUAUCAGAGCAAGAUGAGAGCAAUUCAAAGUCAGAUGACAGUGCCAAAACUGAUGACCUUUUAAAUGCUUCGUCGCAGUGUUUAGACUCUUCAAAUAUAACAACACCAGGGUCUAGAAAUACUUAUAACUUUUUAAAUGAAAGCAGCUUGAACACAGACAAUUCUUCGUGUCGAGUUGGUCUCGAUGACUCUGUCACAUCUCUAGGUACCACAGCAAGUGAGUGGGAAUUUCAAAGGGGCGAUGUUCGACCUGAAAGCAGUGCAUCCUUGACAGCUAAAAAGAAUGCUCUUAACAGUUCGUUAACCUCACAUGUAAAGUCAGAAAAGAGUCCUGUAGAGGGCACUGAUGGACGGAUAGAACUAAGCCCUCUCCCGGGGUAUAAAAGCCCAGAUUAUGAUAUUCCAUUGUCGCCAGUGAGUAGUUCAGUAAAAUAUACAGGAGCUAAUACAAACAGUUCUAACACAAUAGAGAACACGAGUCCCAGAGAUUGUUCCUCUGCUUUGGGUAAAGACGCACAGACACCUGUAGAAAAUGAUUUUAAGGAGAGACUUCAAUCAGAAGACGUACCAGAAAAGUUUACCUCGACUCCAGCAAGGUCGUCCUCAAGGUCAUCGUCACGGGGAGCAAGGCGGCAGCUGUCCUCGUCGUCGCAUUUUCUGAUUCCUGAGGGAAGUUACUGUGGCCAUGGAAGGCAUAAAGAUGGUUCUUUCUUAGGCGUUGUGUUCCAAAUCCGUCAAAUUGAGCUGGACAGCGGUCACUCCCUGUACUGCAUGUGGGUGUCCAGAGACCCCGAAGAGCAGGGGGAGGGGACGAGGUCCUUUGCCAACCUCACCCUGGCGUCCAGUCUGAACAGCACCCUGGGGGCGUCCAUCAUAAGUCUGGGAGAGGUGCUGGCAGAGAAGGCCAAGAUCAACUCCAGCAAUGAGCAGGGAGACAGCCGUCCAGUGAGUCGACAGAAACCCGCUGAUGAGGAGGAAGAGGAGGAGGAGGAUCCAGCGUGCCGCGGGAAGUAUUCUGAGAAUUACCAGACCACCAUGUCCAUAGGGAAGGGAGCCUUUGGGUUUGUGAAGCUGGCCAAGAGGAGGGCUGACGGGCAGGAAGUUGUGGUGAAGUUUGUGCGUAAGGCCAAAGUGUUAAAAGACUGCUGGGUUAACCACGCUGACCUGGGCAGAAUACCUCUGGAGAUUGACCUCCUGGCAAAGCUUGGCCACCCCAAUAUUGUUAUGAUGCUGGAAGCGUACGAGAAUGAGAUGUUCUUCCAGGUGGUCAUGGAGAAACACGGCAGCGGAAUGGACAUGUUUGAAUUCAUCGACAGAAAUCCCAACAUGGACGAGAAACUGGCCAGCUACAUGUUCAGGCAGCUUGUUUCUGCAGUGGAAUACAUCCACAGCCAAAACAUCCUUCACCGUGACAUCAAGGACGAGAACAUCAUCAUUAAUGAGAGUUUUGACAUCAAGCUGAUCGACUUUGGCUCAGCAGCGUAUAUGAGGCCUGGGAAAGUGUUCAAUACAUUCUGUGGGACCAUAGAAUACUGCAGUCCUGAGGUGCUGCUAGGAAACCCUUAUACAGGACCAGAGUUAGAGGUCUGGUCUAUGGGGGUCACCCUGUAUACGCUGAUAUUUGGGGAGAAUCCAUUCUACGAUGUUGAUGAGACAAUACAGUGCAUGCUGAAACCACCUUUUGUGGUGACCAGACCCCUGCUUCAGUUGAUACGCUGGAUAUUACACCCCAAUCCUAAACUGCGUGCCAGUGUCCGUGACAUGAAGUUACACCCCUGGGUCAUACAGCCAGUCAAUAUCUCCAGUUAUGACUUCAGAGAGGUGCUACCCAACUUUGAAUUCCAUGGCAAUGUUGCCUCAGACAAUCGUCCAGACACAAUUGACGAGUCUCCGAGAGAUGAAAACUCAGAACAGGACUCCGAAACUGAAGAGCUAGAGUCAGAACUCAAGAGGUGCUUAGACAUGCAGGACGAGCAGGGGAUAAUGGAGGACUACGACCAGAUGGACUGGAAGUACAAAUCUUGCUAGCCGUCUGCUGGUUGUACAUUUUAAUUUCUGAAAUCAUAAUGAUAUUUUUGGGGGCCUCAGACACCCCUGACCUAACCCACAGAGCAUUAAUUUUGGCCUUCUGGGAUAAAAAUGGCUUUGAACUAUAAAUCCUGUCUGCAGCUUGUCUAUUAAUUUAUGAACUAAGAACAGUAUUUAUUUGCUAUCUCCCUGUGGCACUACCAAUAACAUUGUCCUUCUGGGAAUGGACCAGGACGGGAUUGGAAUAGGACAAAAGGUGUGAAGAAUUCCUGAUAAUGAUGCUAGGUUAUUUGACAUGAUAUUGAACACUUUUUAAAAACUUAUUAUAAUAAUGUGUGUCUGUAUUGUACAGCACCUUUCUGUCUCAUAAGACAAUGGUAUGAAGUGAUAACAGCAUGGUCUUUACUGUGUGAGAAGAUCAUAGAACUCAGUCGGGUAAAUACAAUAUAUAAUCCAGACGGUUUGAUUAUAACUUUACUGAUGUCAUAUUAUCAGGCUUAAUACUCAGAACUAAACUUUUCUGAGAAUUUUACUAAGAAAUGGGACUAUUCAUUUAUACUUGAUAUAAAUAAUGAGAAUUAAUAAUGAUAAUGACAAAUACA